AAACCUCAACUCACGUGUGGACUCAACUCAAUGUAAACACGAGUUUGUGUUUCAUUUGAUUUGUUAAUACAUUUGAUUCAAACAUGAGUUCAGAGUUAGACCACAAGAAGAAGAGGAAGCGCUUCAAGAGAUCCAAAUCAGGGAGAUCCAAUGAAGAGCCGCAACAACGACGCGAUGACCACAAAUCGUACGCCGAUAUUGUCAAAGAAAACAAAGAUUAUGAGAUCUACUACAAGACCCAAGACAUUGUCGAUGCGGGCGAUUGGGACACGUUUAUGGCGUGUCUUCGGGAACCGCUUCCUUCUGCCUUUCGACUCACCUCUUACUGCAAGAGUCAGACGAUUGCGUUGAGAGAUAUCAUCGAAAGCGACGAAUUUAACGGUUCCGUCGGUGACGGGGAGAGUGUCAGCGAAUGUCUGAAGUGUAUUGAGUGGUAUCCAAACCGAUUCGCUUUUAAUAUCAAUAAAUCUCGCGUUGAGAUCAGAAAAUCGGAAUCGUUUCGCAUUCUUCAGAAUUUCCUCAUUUCUGAAACCGAUUCGGGUUAUAUCAGUAGACAAGAGGCGGUGUCAAUGAUACCGGCGCUGCUCAUGGAUAUAAAGCCGGGCCAUCGAGUGCUGGACAUGUGCGCCGCUCCGGGAUCUAAAACGGCGCAAAUCAUUGAAAUGCUUCACACGGAAGACGGCAAGUCUGAUGGCGUGGUUGUGGCCAACGAUGUGGACAACAAGCGGUGCUAUAUGUUAGUCCAUCAGUCGAAACGUUUGCACAGCUGUUCCACACUCAUCACCAAUCAUGACGCCGGAGGAAUGCCUAACUUCUACGACAAUGUGGACGGACAACCGGUACCGCAAAAGUUUGAUCGUAUACUGUGUGACGUCCCCUGCAGUGGCGACGGAACCAUUCGCAAGAACUAUGACGUCUGGAUCAAGUGGAAUGUCGCCAAUGGCAACAACUUUCACGGCAUUCAACUCCGAAUCGCUAAGAGAGGACUCGAAAUGCUGAAGAAAGACGGACUCCUCGUCUACUCGACGUGUAGUUUGAAUCCGAUAGAAGACGAGGCGGUGAUCGCGACACUCAUUAACUUGACUGAAGGCGGCGCUCAUCUCGAAGACGUGUCCACUGUUUUGCCGAAUUUGAAGUAUAAAAAGGGUUUAGAGAAGUGGAAAGUAAUGACACGAGACUUAGUGUGUAUGGACUCCGCCGAAGGGGUGGAAGAGAAAUACAAAUCACAGAUUAGAGAAUCACUGUUUUCGCCCAAAAACGCCAAAGAAUUGAAUCUAAAUCGUUGUAUAAGAGUUUUACCGCAUCUUCAGAAUACGGGCGGUUUCUUUGUGGCUGUUGUUCGCAAAACUGUGGACACUCUUCCGUGGGAGGGGUCCACACAAUCCGAGGCGUCUAAUGAUGCGAUUCCUAACACAGAAAACGCUCAAAAAGGAGACACUUAUCGGCGGAAAAAGAGGAAAAUUCACGGCUAUAAAGAAGAUCCGUUUAUAUUCUUGAAUAAUACGGACACCGAUUGGAUUAAAAUCAAGGAAUAUUAUGGGAUCAACGACUCGUUCCCGUGCGAGCAGUUAGUUCACAGGUGUGUCGCCGGCAAAAAGCGUAACAUAUAUUUCCUGACCGAAGCGGCCAAAGAGGUUGUCGUCAAUAAUCAAAAUGAUAUAAAGUUGAUUAACGGAGGCGUACGGCUGUUCUCGCGAAGUGACGAUAAAGUGAAUCCGUGCGGCUUUCGGCUAACACAGGAGGGACUGCCCUCUCUGUUCCCAUAUCUCAAUAAAGACAAUAUCGUUGAGAUCGAGGCAAAGGACGCCAAACAGUUGCUAUCGCACGAGAACAUGCCUUUGGAACAGUUCUCUGUGAGCGAACGGUUAAUGCAAUUAAACUCCGGUUGUUGUGUACUCGUCAUCAAAGGUGAUGCGGAAGAGAGCGCCGGCAAUGCGUUGACUCUUCCCAUCUGUUGUUGGAAAGGGAAGACAUCAAUGCGCGCUUAUAUCGCCAAAAACGAAAGGAUCCACUAUUUGAGACUCUGUGGCGCCGAUACCACCGAUACAGUUGCCGUUAGAAGUACUGAACGCGAAAAACAUAAAAUCAAGAAUCAAACUAAGAAUGAAGUAUUAGAUGAGAACCAAACGAUUGAUACUGACAUCAAACCAGAAAUAAAGUCUGAGACUAUCACUUGA